AUGCUCCCGGGCGUCGGACUGUUGUUGUCGUUGUGCGCCUCCGCCAUCGCUGGUCCGCCGACCGUGCGCACCCCGCUGGGCCGGCUGAGAGGCCACUAUCUGGAGACGAGGGGUGGGAGGAAGAUAGCUGCGUUCACCAGCAUCCCCUACGCCAAGCCACCUGUCGGCGGCCUGAGAUUCAAGGCGCCGCAACCGGUAGAACCAUGGAGUGAUGAGCUUGACGCGACACAGGCUGGACCAGUCUGCGUGCAGAGGAAUCCUUACACGAGGCAGAAGGAGGUGGUGGGGCAGGAAGACUGCCUGUAUCUGAACAUCUACACGCCGCUCACCGGCAAUGAGAUAGACACGGAGCGACGUUACCCGGUGAUGGUGUUCAUCCAUGGCGGUGGCUGGAUGUGCGGAGACGCCACCACCCCUAUGUACGGACCGCAGUACCUCCUCGACAAAGAUGUGAUCCUGGUAGCAAUGAAUUACCGACUCGGGCCCCUGGGAUUCCUGUCCACUCAGGACGAGCACUGUCCGGGCAACAACGGUCUGAAAGAUCAGCAGGAGGCGCUGAGGUUCAUACAGAAGACCAUCCACAGCUUCGGCGGUGACAACAGCUCGGUGACGAUAUUCGGGGAGAGUGCGGGUGGCGCUAGCGUUCACUACCACAUGCUCUCCAAGACCAGCGCCGGCUUGUUUCACAAAGCAAUCUCGGAGUCGGGGACAGCUCUAGUGCCCUGGGCCGAGGCGCCGCCGGGUGAAGGGCUGCGGAACGCCUUCCGCCUGGCCAAGUUCCUGGGCUGCCCGCAGGCACCGUCAGAGCUCAUGCUUGACUGCCUUCGGACCCGCGACAGCUAUGACAUCAUCAACACCGAAUACAUGUUCUACACGUGGGACUAUGAACCGAUGACGCCGUUCAAGGCAGUGGAGGAGCCAGAGCUACCUGGAGCUUUCCUCACCGCCAGCCCGCGCAAGGCCCCAGCCACCGCCGCCGUGCCCUGGAUCACAGGCCUAAACAAGGACGAGGGCUGCCUAAAGUCUGUGUGGAUCACUGCAAAUUCAAGCAGAUACCAGGAGUUCAUGAGUGCGUUCAAGGCGAUAGCGCCGGUUACAUUCUACUACGAUAACUCCCCCUACGCUGAUGUCAUCACCAGUAAAAUAAGAGACGUAUAUUUCAACGGCGGCGAUACGGCGGAGAUCAAGACGGGAAUACUGGACAUCUACACAGACUCCUACUUCGCGUAUCCGGCCGUGGAGGCUAUAGAGUUGACUUUUAACUACACCAAGAACCCGGUGUUCCUCUACGAGCUGACAUACAGGGCGGCCAACAGCUUCUCGCAGAUAUUCGGCGACGCGGAGGGUGAUUACGGUAUAUGCCAUGCUGACGAGUUGAUGCACUUGUUCCCGAUUAACUUCCUCUCCAAGCCGUUCACAGACAAGGACCUGGAGAUAAGCGAGCUUCUCAUCACCCUGUGGACAAACUUCGCCAAAUCUGGUGACCCCAACAAACCAAACAAACUCCCGUUCAGAUGGGAACCGGCUACAGGGAGUAAGGGAAUGGAAUACCUGGAGAUUGGCAAAGAACAGAAGAUGAGGGACCACUUGGCUUCGCGCUCUAGGGUCUGGGGAUCACUACCUCUGUGGCAUAGCAUUAAAACGAGGAGGUUUAUCGACGAGCUC